UUACCAUGACAACAGUACACAGAAGAAGCACGAAGCGUCGCUGGUUGUCCCAUUCCUGAUUUUCCGGUGGUUUCUGUCUCAUUGCCAAUGUCAAGCACGUUCUUCGGCAUCAUCGUGUAGUCGGUUGGAUACACGUGAGCGCUAUUUUGAAGCAACGUCGUGCUAGCGUGCUCAAUAGUGCGAUGCUAAUCGUGUCGUGUCAUGCUAACUUGUAGCUACUGUAGAACACAAUUACAGAAUCACGGAGUAGCUUUCUGACCAUUAUUAUUAUGAUAUUAUUGUUAAAACAACAGCGCUGUCAACACUUGAGAUUUAGUUUUUUUUUCAAGUGUAUAAAAAGAAUAUUGUCUUCGCAACAAAACAAACAAACAAACCCCCCAAAAAAACAUACAUGGAUGGAUGGAAAGGUGGACUAUUAAUGCAACUUUCUCAACAGAACUUCCAGAUAUGGCCUCGAAACAGAAUGGGGUCACCAAAUCCGUUCGAGCAGAUGUCAAGAGGAGAAGAAUAAGGGGGGAGACACCGCAGAGUCAACUCAAUUCAACAGACAGUCAAAGCAUUCUUCCACAAAGUGUCAUUGAAAAAGAUGGCCGACAAACGGCGCGGGACUGUUCCUGUAUACAACUAUUGCCAUCCUUUCAGUUGCUUACUCCUCCUGCCCUUCGUGUUCAGGAGCUGCGCGACUUCCGGCGUCUCCCAAUUCACAAGAAGGCAAGCUACGCCGCGCGAAUGACGGCAGAGCAAAGGGAAGGGCUGAGAGCGCGAGAAGGUAAACAUGACUUGAUCUCCACGGAGCGUCAGAAGGCCGUGUUGGAGAUUUCACUGAUGACAAAGCGGUCAGAGAUUUGUAAGAUGGACAAGGCCGUCGUAAAAGAGGAGCGACGUCUGAAGGAGUUGGAGAAGACCAUUGAGAAGGACACUCAGAGCUUUGCGGUGUUCCUAAGGGAGAACGAGAAGAAGUCUUUGGAGGCCCAAACAUUUUUGGAACGAGAGACCGAGUCCAAACAGGAGACAACCGCUGACAUCAAGAAGUUGACGUCUGAAAUAUCAACAAUAAGAAGUGAAGUUGCCGACUAUGACGACAUAUUGCACGAGUACAAGAGAUACGGGGAGCUUCUUUUCAAGUUGUCUCCUCCAGAGUGGCAGGAGGCCCAGAGGGCAAAGCGUCUCCGCAAAGUCCAAGUGGAUAAAAACACUGCGGAUGAGCGGAACACGGAGCCGCAGGACUUAACAGUCAAGCAAGAUCUGGAGGACAACAUGGCGCGCGCGCAGCCCAGGCGCUCCAGCAAUCCAAAAGAGCACGGACCCGAUGUCGACCGCUCAGAAUGUGAGGACAACCCAGAGUUGUACUUUACUGAUCCCAAGCGACUUAUUGCGCUGAUGACAGAGCUAACUGAGCAGAACUUGUCCUUGAUCAAGAACUCUGCGAGGGCCGAGGAGACACUCGAGGAGCUCAAACAGUCCAUGGAGGCAAUCAGGAAGAGAACGAAAAAGGAUGAGGAACUUCUGACCCGGCAAAUAGAUGAGCUGAAGAAGAGAAUUGGAGAAGAGAAGACAAGAGCUUCGGAGAUGAAAAAGAAGGUUCAGCUCCAUGUCUUGCUGAGCACCGAAGAUGAGGAUGACAUGAUGCGGGCACUUGGGGAGAAGGUUGCGGAGGUGUACAGGUGCUGUGUGGAUGACAGGUUGAGCAGCCCUAGCACCUUGCAGAAGCUGGCCAGCAUUGAGAAGCAGAUGUCUUCGCUGUUGCACUGCCUUGAGGACAUCCCCAAGGAAAGUUUGGAAAUGGUGCAAAAGAUCAAGGACAGCGAGAGGAGGACCAGGCAACGGGAAGAAAAGCUCAAGUUGCAAAGAGAGAAACAGAUACAAAGGAUGAAGAAGUACUUGGAGAGGUCCCGAUCUGAUGCUAAGAAAACUAGUGGACGUAAACUAAUGCCCAGAUGCAUCCCUUUUGCUCAGAAGGUCAACGUCAAAACAGCGGAAAGUGCUCCUCCGGAUGAUGGCUUCAGCGACUACUUCUUCACAUCUUUAGACAUUGACUAAAGAAGCAAACUGAAAAAAAAGUGGAACGCAUGCUUUGACAUUAAAAAUACA